CCACAAGCUGAUAAAGACAGCGCCAUCCCGCCAGAAGAACGUCAUAUCCAAGAAGGGACCCAAUUCAGGCCCCUUCUUUCUUUCUGUCCUCCCGCCGGCUCGGAAAUCCGCCCUCGGAGGACUCCGGAGAUCGCACCCCUUUUCACCGCUUUUUCUUUCUGUUUUUUUCUCUUCUUGGCGAUCCACUCGCAACCGGAGCCGGAUAUUUCCGGUGGUGAAGGAUGUGAGCGGAUCUUGCUACUCCGCUGAGCUUUUCAUUGGAUGGAGGGCGGAGAGGGACCCCACAAGGACUAUUACAAAGUUCUGGAGGUUGAUUAUGAUGCAACAGACGGGACUAUUAAAUUGAAUUAUCGAAGACUGGCACUAAAAUGGCACCCUGACAAGCACAAAGGCAAUAGUACUGUCACAGCAAAGUUUCAGGAGAUAAAUGAAGCUUACAAGGUUCUAAGUGAUCCAGCUAAGCGACUUGAGUAUGAUAUAUCUGGCACUUAUGAGAUCAAUGGAUACACUUUAAGAGAAUAUCUUGCCAGGUUCAAAGGAAUGAUACUCACCUGCAAUGGUCUUGGUAUCAAUCAUUCUCCAUUUUGGACACAACAGCUGAUGGAAACUGAAACAAUCGAUCAGUAAAAAGUAGAUGCUUUCGAUAAUGCAUCAACUUUUAAUCAUGAAAACGGGUCACCAUUCCUCUUCUUAGCACCUGUCCAUAAUCCAUUAAAUGAUUUUUAAAACUAAUGCUGCGGAAGCCAGCAACUUUUGAUAUACUUGACCAUUUCUCCCAUCCGCGUGGCUCUUUGAAGCCAAUCAUCUAUCAUCUAGAUGCUUGAUGUGGUUUUUAGCAUUGUGUGGUUGUACCGAUAACUCCUUUCCCAUGCAAAAAGAACUUCAUAAUUGGCUUAUUACAAAUUCACGUUGUGCGUUCCCGCCCCAUGGUUGUGUCAAGUUGUAUGGCAGUAAGCGCUAGUGUCCGCCUUGCACCCUUGCUGAAUUCAGCUUGAACUUUUUAAUCUUUUAGCUUGCAAUUACCACGAAGCAUGGAAUACAAAUUCAUGGAAGGCAAGGUAUUUCUUCUUCCGUGCUCCCAUUGUUUUUGUUGACCUUGGUCGAUUUUUUUUCCACUGGAACACACCGGAUCAUCCCACAUAAUAGAACUUAAAUGUCAUGUCUCUUUUGGGACUCUUAGCAGACCUUAGACUAUGAGAUCCUGUUCAUUCCAGCAUGGAGUUUUCUUUCUAGCAGCUGCCUUUCCCUCUCUCUCUCUCUCCAGCAGCUGGGAAAGUUGUUGAUAUCGCCCACUGAAUGGAAGUUUAGGUUAACCAUCCAGGUCCUUCUUUAGAACUUGGCUUUCCACGCAAUGGGCUGACGUGUUGAUCAGGAAUUUAAUAUCGCAGUUAACCUUACAUUCUCUGGCAACGUGUGGAAGGAGCUGACUUAGAAAACAGAAAACAAAAACAAGAAAGAAAGGGUUCUUUUGCACUUUGAGAUUUGUAGGUAAAAGAGUGGAGAUACAUAUAUGAAUAGGAGAUCUGACUAGAUUGCAAUAACAGCAAUGAUGGAUCGGACAACUAUCCUUCACAUGAUAGGUCGGAGUGUAGGACCAUCUAGCCUAAGGAUGUUAAGGUUGGUGCGAGGGAUUGGUAACUCUAUGCUACCAUUAUUGAGUUAGCGAUUGCAAGGAAAAAUAGUCUACAAAUAGAAUAAUGCUUCAAGAGGCCACUUUUUCAAUUUGUUUGGUUUUGCAGUAAAGUAACAUACAUGUAUGGUUACUUUUCAAAUCCUAGGAAAAAUUUUGGAUCUUAUCCCUUUCAUGAAGAACUUUCCUUGAAAAACAAAUCUAAGAGUCUCUUGAAGAAGUGAAAUUAGAUUUUUUUUUUCUCUCCUGUUUUUGUUCUCUUUUCCUAUGUCUUGCUUGAUCAGAACACUUUAGCCAAAUCUUUUUAAAGAAAGCUUUUUUUUCCAUUUUUGGUUGUAUCUUGAUCUCCAGAUCAUGUAGUUCAAGAAAGAAAAAUAGAAACUUUUGUUUGUUCUUUCAAUGUUACAUCUUUAUCCGCAUAUCAAAUAGUCCAAAGAUCAAAUAGUCCCAAAAUCCAAACCCAUUAUGUGAAGCUUCUCUAAGCAUGAUUUGUUUGUUUUGAUUGACCGGAUGGCUCUUUCUCGCCUAGUAUGAAUAUAUGCAAUAGAGUCAGAAAACAAAACAUCUCUAAAUUGAACACGAAUGCUCGAGAAAGACGUUGAUGAGGUUCCUUUAGAGCACUCAACAACAAAAGUAGCAAUUCAGCUAGCUGUACUGUUCGCCUCUAUGUAGACAUGGACAACUGUAAAUGAUGUACAAGUAUCGGCUAGUCUUUGAAUGUCCCAUAGUAGGAGAUGAUCAGUGGAAGAUCCAGUGAGUUUCGAAAUCCAAUCGACCACUAUAGCCGAAUUGUCUUCAAGGAGCAUACUAUAAUCCCCUCUUAAGCAGCUUGCGACUCUGCCUCCGGAAUAGGUAGAUCAAAAAGCUAUCUUUUAUCUACCAUAAUAAAUUGAAAAUGUGGGCCUUUGAUCACAAAAUCCGUUCCUCCUUUGUUGUCUCUCUUACUAACACUACCAUUAAAAUUAGUCUUCAUGAAGCUUGAGGGUGGCGGCUCCUAAGUAAUAAAUACCAUCUUUGUGAGAGGUAAAAAUAUAGUGAAGUCCUAGGUGGCCCUAGCUGCCACUUCACUCGGAAUCAUUUCGGUAAUUUGCAUGAAUGUUUUUUCUAGUAUGAACCUCGAUGAAAAAGA